GUGAGAUCAGACCUCUUUGACUGUUUGUGUGAGUCUGAGGUGAGUGAUGGAGCUUGUGACCCGGGCCGUGAGCUCUUCGGGUUUGGUGUUCAUCGAGGCGUUGAGAUCUUGCACAGAGAUGUUUCUCACACAACCCUCUCAUCUGAGUGAAACUGAACUGAAAUCUCUGGACGGAGAUGACCGCGUGUUUAAAGCCAGAGAACUGUGGGAAAGUUCAGGAGCUGUGAUCAUGGCUGUCAGGAGACCUGGAUGAUUUCUCUGCAGAGGUACACACACACAAACACACGGACUCAACACACAGUGUGACAGUGGAGUUUCUCUGUACGCUGUAGUGAAAGAGAACAUCGGUACAGAGAUCCGGGACUUCAGACCUUUCUUUCAUGGAGAAGUCUUUCUGGAUGAGACUAGAGGUUUCUACAGGCCUCGAGAGCGUCUGAUGGGUUUCUCUGGUGCCGGUGUCUGGAGGAACAGCUGGAGAGCAUUUCAGAAUGGUUCCUAGGGUAACGUGUGGGGUGAAGGGUUCGUCUUGGGGACUGUAUACGUCAUCGGCCCACGUCAACAGGGAAUCUUGUUGGAGCACAGAGAGAUGGAGUUUGGAGAUAAAAUAAACAAAUGGGAUGUUAUUGAAGCUGUUAAAAAGAUAAAAACAGAAUGUGUGUUUCUGGAGUAACAGCAGUCAUGAGAGAUCUCAUGUAACAUAACAUGAAAGAAAGAUCAUGAAAAGAGUCAAAUACACUAUAAAGACUUAAGACAUGCGUCAUAUUGUUCCAGCGCACAUGUUUCUGUGUGUGUGUGUGUGUGUUUAUGUUUUUAUAUGUUAGUGGGGACCUAAACCUGAAUGCACACCAACACAUGGGGACUCGUGUCACUGUGGGGACCAAAAUUGAGGUCCUCAUGGGCACAAAAGCUUAUAAAUUGUACAGAACAAUAUUUGUUUUUAAAUAUAAAAAUGCAAAAAGUGUUCUAUGAUCUUUAGGUUUAGGGGUAGGGUUAGGGGAUAAAAUAUACAGUGUGUGUGCAUAUAUAAAUAGCGUGCGUGUGUGCGUGUGAAACAUCAAGACUGCUACUUCAUUUAGAGUUUAAAGUCAGUCCAUCAUCAACCACACACACACACACCUGAGUCAUCAACAAU